GUGAGGGUCGGAGGGUCCAGACCAGAGCCAUGAGCUGGGGGAUUCAAAUGGAGGCCGAGGUGGUCCGCAAGUAUGAGAGACUGAAGAGCGCUGCGCUGGGUCGGUCAGUCUCGGUUCAGGAUUGCGGUCUGUUCAUUGACGCCCAGCGGUCCUGGUUGGCUGCGAGUCCUGACGGCAUCGUGACGGACAGCCGGACUGGCCAAUGGCUGCUCUGCCUGGAGGUGAAGUGUCCCUACAAACACAGACACAGACGAGUGGAGGACGCCUGCAGGGACGACGCUGCCUUCUGUCUGGAAAUAAAGGAAGAGGCCGGACGGCAGCCCGGAAAGCCCCCAGCCUACCGUCUGAAGACGUCUCACAGUUACUUCACACAGAUUCAGUGCCAGCUGGCGGUGACGGGCCUGCAGCGGGCCGACCUCGCUGUCUUCACCCUGAAGGAGACGGCCAUCGUCCCUGUGACCUUUGACGCUGACCUGUGGGAGGAGACGGUGUCCAAACUGGAGGUGUUUUACAGGGACGCUGUCCUGCCUCACCUCAGAGAGAAGACACGGCAGGACACAGCAGCAGCCUGGACACCAGAGCCGUAGAGACACUGCGGUGACCUCUGACCUCUGGGAGAACAUCCUCCAGAGCAGGUCAGGUGUGCAGCAUCCGUUACCAUGAUGAUAUAACCAGGUUAAAACUACAGACAUAACCAUCAAUAGGUCUAUUACUGACACGUUACAAACACAAAAUGGACAUAUUUCAGCUCCCAGUGGGCCGAUGUACACAUUGGACCUCAAUAAUCCAAAACCAAUCCCAAUAAUCCCAAAACCUCCUUUAUUGUCCCAAUCAGCCAAUCAGCUGCUGAGAUAUCGUCCAUAUAGCUGAUCAUUGAUGCUAAUGAUGCUAUACAGAACAUAUGCAGGUUAUCAUCAGUCAGACUGAACAUUUCUGGGUUCAUAAUGUGGAAAUAUUACAGACUACAUUGUUUUUAUUAUAUUUUUAUAAUUAUGUAAUGAAAUAAACUGGAAUAAACUGUUAGUGUAAGUAAUGUAAUCUGGAUUCUCUCUAAAAGUGUCUGAAUUAAUUAUUGUUUGUUGUAUUCUGAGUGGAGCUGCAUAUUGAUGAGUUACUUUGUUUGGUGACGUUGUUUAUUUUUAAUAAUAAUAUUAAUAAUAGUUACAAUUCUAUUUACAUCCUGACAGAAAUCAAUAAAUCAAUAAAUCAAAUCCUCUGAAAAACAGAAGUGAACUGAGUUUGUUUUCCUGAACUGUGUGAAUGAGACAGGAAGUAGUUGUUUGGUGAGUUUGGGAAAGGGUGGCUAGGAUUUCUUUGAUACUUUCAAAAUAAAAUAAUAAAGUCUACCCAUCUUCGA